AUGAGCAGUAGUUGUUGAACGCGGUUUCUAGAUAGACGUUUAAAAAUAAUUGUUUGAAAAAAAGCGGAAAUAAAUCUAAAUAAAUUAUAUUAAUUAAAAAAUUAAUAUUAUCUAAGCGUUGCAUCAUGAAAACGAGCGUAAUUUGUAUUCUAGUGAGCAUCGCCUGUUCUGUGGUUAUACAAUCCCAGGCGGCUCGCAUACUGGGAGUGUUUCCCUCACCCUCUAAGUCGCAUGUUUUAAUACAUUGUGCUGUAGCCGAUGCUUUGGCCGAAGCAGGGCAUGAGGUCACGGUCAUAGCUACUGUGCCCAAUAUGAUCAAAAAGGCUAAAUACAAGUUCCUACAUGUUGAAGGCCCCAUGUUCGAUAGCAACUUUGCUCAGGAAAUGCUUAAUAAACCAGCCUCCAUUUAUAGAAAAUUCAAUGGCAUUAUCUCGCAUGUCAUUGAUAUGGCCAACGACACUAUGAAUCAGCCGAAAAUUUUGAAUUUUCUACAGACUCACAACCCGGGUGAUUUUGAUGCUGUUAUUUUGGGUUAUUUUAUGAAUGAUUUUAUGUUAGGCUUUGGGGCCCACUUUCAGUGUCCCAUUAUCUUAUCGUUUAUGGUGCAACCGAUAUUUCCGAUAAACAAAAUGAUCGGAAAUCCUUUGGAGGCUUCAUAUGUACCCACUUUAUAUAGUGGCUAUAAGCAGCCUAUGGAUUUUGCCAGCAGAGUAAAAAACUUUUUGGCCAAUGGUUUUGAGCAUCUGGUAUUGAGAAAUUUGAUGCAGAGGAAACUUGAAAGGAUGUAUGGAUACAACUUCCCCGCCGAUCGUUAUCCUCCCUUGGAAGAGGUCUACAAAAACGUUUCUCUAGUCUUAACCAAUCAUCACUUUAGCCAGGGCCCCAUAAGACCCAAUGUACCCGCUCUCAUUGAAAUCGGAGGCAUACAAAUCAAAGAAAAACCCGAUCCUCUACCACAAGAUUUGGCUGAAAUUAUUGAGUCUUCCGAUAAAGGUGUCAUCUUCUUUAGUUUGGGUACCAAUGUCCAGGGUUCUAAUCUCUCGAAAGACAAAGCUAAAAUGAUCUUUAAUGUACUCUCUAAACUACCCUAUACCGUUUUACUUAAAUGGGGUGAUUCCGAUUUCCCCGGACAAUCGAAAAAUAUGAUUUAUCGCUCUUGGUUGCCUCAAGAUGAUAUAUUGGCUCAUCCCAAAGUCAAGCUAUUCAUAACUCAUGGUGGUAUGGGCAGUGUGGUGGAAUCCCAAUAUCAUGGUGUACCCAUGGUGGGCAUACCCUUCUUUGGUGAUCAACACUCGAAUAUAGCCAAUGUCGUAAAGUCUGGCUUUGGUCUUGGUUUGGAAUAUGCUCGCUUCAGUGAAGAGGCCUUUAGAAAUGCUGUGGUAGAGGUUUUGGAAAAUCCUUCUUACACCCAAAAUGUACAAAAAUUCUCGGAAUUAUAUCGUGAUAGACCCAUGACUCCUCGCCAAUUGGUGCGUUACUGGGUGGAUUAUGUUAUAAGACAUAAUGGUGCCAAGCAUAUGCAGUCGCCCGCCAUAAAUAUGCCCUGGUGGCAAUUGUAUUCCGUAGAUGUUAUUGCAUUCCUUUUAAGUAUAGUCUUUGGUGUUGUUGCUGUUUUGGUGGGUUUGUGUAAACUGUUGUGCUGUCGUGGCAAGGGAGCUGGUAAGGCCGCUGGAAAGAAGGUGUCCAAGAGCAAGAAACAAAAGUAGUUAAAUAAU